AUGGAAGGCCGAGUUAAAAGGAAAUCAAAACAAAAGUUGAAAAAAAAGAAUAAUGGAAACAAAAAAAUAAAAACUAAUUCACAUGAAGUUUCAAAUAGUUAUGAUAAAAAUAAAUCAAAUUUAAUCCAAGUAUUAAAAGAAUUAUGUUAUUACAAAAAAAAAAUAAAAAAUGUAAAUUUAUUACAAGAAGUUAAAAAAAUAACUAUCGAUUUUAUAAAUGGACUUGAUGAUGAUUUAACAAAAUAUUUGAAUAAUGAAAAUGGAAAAUUUAAAGACAUAUAUUCAAAAAGUAUAAAAUUAAUAAAAAAUUAUAAAAUUUUAGGAAGUUUUAAAAAUAAUAUGUACUUAAAUAAUAAUAUAAAUAUAGAUCUUGGUGUAGAAUAUAGUCUAAAUACAGAUUUAGGAAAAAAAGCAAAAUAUAAAAACUUUCAUAUAUAUCACAAUAUGUAUGUUAAUUUAAUAAAAACAUUAUUUUAUAAAAAAAAAUUUAUAAACUACUUAGACAAGUUAGAAUUAAAACAUGUUAGUCUAACCGUUUCUACAACCAGAUGGAUAAAUAAAUGCAAAUCAGUAAUCGUUUUAAGCAUAUUAAAAAACAAAAAACAUGUCGGAAACAUUAUUAUAAUUUUAUUUCCUACAAAGGAAGUCUCAUUAAGUAUGUCACAUGUAUAUAAAAAAUAUUAUAAAAAUUAUAAACCAUUUUCAGAACAUAAAAUAAUAAAAGAAAAAGUGGAUGAUCAAAAUGGGGUUGGUGUAUUGAACGAAAAAUAUAUUAACAAAGAAGACAAGGUAAAAAAUAAAAAAACUCUUAAAGAUAUCAAAAUAUGGUUGCUAAAAAAAUUUAUAAUUUCAGAAAUUUAUAUUAUUGAAUGUGAUAAAAUAAUAAGAGGUUGUAUUAAAAAUUGUGAAGGAUAUAAAGAGGCAGUUAAACUAUUGAAAUUGUGGUGUCAAAAUAAAAAAUUAUUAUUUACUUAUUCUAUUUAUAAUGGUGAAAAAAAAAAUUAUAAUUAUGAUAAGGAAUAUAAAUUGUCAAACUAUUCUUACUAUACUGAUAUGAACUCAUUCAUGCUUGGACUUUUAUGUGCUCAUGUAUGUUUUACAUUAAAUUUAAAAAAUUCAGAUUAUUUACACAUAUUUAAAGAGACAAUUAAAUUUUUAAGCAAUUUUGAUAGUUCACAAAAUGUUAUGAUCUAUAAAAAUGGAAUCCAUACAACAUUGAAAAAGAUUGAAAAGAUUGAAAAAAAAGAGGAUACCAUUUUUUUGGUGAAUGGAAUAUAUGAUAUAUUUCAAGAUAAUGUUUAUUCUUUUUUAGAAUUAAUUUACGAAUCUAAAAAGGCAUAUUUUUAUUUAAAUAAUAAUACUAAUAUAUAUGAUAAUUAUUUUCAAAUUUUUUUAUCUAAUUUAAAAUGUUUUUCCAUGAAUUUUGAGGAGCAAAUAUUAUUCCCUUUGUUUGUAUCUACCAAUUUUGAAAAUUAUAAUCACGAAAUUUUGGAUUUAAAAAAUGUUUUAAUCAACUCAUUAAAUGAUAGAGUCGAAGAUAUUUGUGCUCGUCUAAUUUCUUUUCCAGUUUUGGAGGCUCAAAAAGGAAAGGAAGAUACACAAGAGAGAAUAGACCAAGCAGAACUUAAUGAGGGUUGUGAUAUGCUAGAUAUAUUUCAGGAAAUAAAUUUAAGCAUUAAUGAAAGAAGUGACAAAGAUGUGGUUGAAAAUGUAUUUGAAAAUUUGAGUACGAAAAAGAUAAUACAUGGGUUGUCCUUCUUUAUAAAUACAAAUAAUACUGCAAGAACAUUUGAUAUUUCAAACGUUUUAUAUAAUCCUGAAAAUGUUUCAAAUUUUAAACAGUUCUGGCAAAACAAAGCAAAGAUAAAACGGUUUGAAAAUAAUACUAUUUAUGAGGUAGUAGAAUGGAAAAGGCCAGCAAAAAAUUUAAAAAAAAUCGUAAAGGAAGAAGAAAAAGAGGAACUAAACAAAUUACAUACUAAGAUAGUGAAAACCAAAAAUAAAGUAUUCGAUGCAUUGUUUAGUGAAUUAUAUCCAAAGCAAAAAACCAACUCUGUUCAUGUUCAAAUAAUUAAAUAUAUAUUAAAAAAAAAUAAAUAUAAAGAGUUUAAUAAUAUAAGCAAUUUAAUGACAAACAAAGUUACAAAAUAUAUAAAAAAAAAUGAUCACCAUAUAUUUUGUGCUAAAAAAUUAAAAAAAAAUUUAUCAUAUUUUAUUUAUUUUUCAAACCCUUUAUUAAUUAAAGAUAUAAGUUAUUUAUACUAUGAAAAAAUACAUGAACAAUAUAAUGAAAUAAAAACAGUUUUAUACAAGAUAAAUGAAAAAUUAUUUACUAUAUCUAAUGUCAAUAGUUCUAAUGAAUUUUUGAAAAUGUCUGACUUAGGUUAUAAAACAAGUUCUACUACAAUUGUAAUUGAUAUUGUUGUUGAUACAAAAUUUAACAAUCCUAUGAUAUAUAAAAAUGCAGAGAAUUUUUACAAAAAUUAUGAAAUAACAAAAGAAAUAAUUAAAAGAUAUUUUUUAGAAGAUAAAAAUAAAUUAAUUAAAAAUAUAAAAAAAAGAAAUUCUUAUAUAGACAUAUAUUUUGAUUUUACAAUUUUUCGAUUACAUAUAUUUUUUCAAAAAGUUGUAGAAAAAAAUCUAUUGCAAAUAACAAAUUUAAAUGAUACUAAAAUUGAAUAUGUUGAAAAUAUAGAUCGAAUUAAAAAUCUUAUUUAUAAACCUAUUAUAUCAUCAUAUAUUUUUUAUUACUCUACUAAAUUUUCUUCUUUUCAUGCUUCGAUUAAAAUAUGUAAAUUAUGGUUAGCUUCAAAGGGAGUUCCAAAUUCUGAUGAGUUUGUUGAAAACAUUUUAUUUUACAUCUACACACUUGAGUAUAAAAAGCAUAAUCAAAUUCAAAACUUUUUUCAAAAAUCGAAUAUUACUAUAGGAAAUAAAAACCUUAAAGAGUUUGCUUCUCAAUAUAGUGCCAGUAGAACCCAAAAUUCAGAAAAUCCUGACGACAUAGAUGCAGAAACUGAACAAGCCAAAAAGGUGGGAAAAAAAAAGAGUGAUAAUAAUAAAAAGAAGGAAAAUACCAAAAACGCUUCAACAGAAUUGAACUUAAAAAUGGAUAGCGAUGUAAAAGAUAGUGAUGAUCUAAACGAUUCCUACUUAAACACCUUUUCAUUUUCAUCUCAAAUUAUUUUAAUUAAAUUUUUAAAAUUUAUUACAAAUUAUGAUUGGCUAAAUAAGCCUCUAAUUAUAGAUUAUAAUAAUUCUUUAACAGAUGAGCAAAAAACAAAACUAAUAAAUAUUUUUAUUACAAAAAAGAAAAACAAUUUAUUACAUGAUCAUAAAAAAAUAAAAAAGUAUUUUUGGAUAUCUUCAAUAUAUGAUCCCCAUUCUGUUUUAAUUACAUUACCUGAUAAUUUAUUUCAUUUUAUAUUAUCAGUUGCAAAAAAUGAUUUAUUUCAUAUUAAGCAAUUAUAUAAUAAAUUUGAAAAAGAAAAAUGGAUAACAUUAUUUCUUAUGGAACAACGACCUUGUGAUAUUAUUUUAAAAUUCAAUACUCCUGAAACUAUUGCAAACAUUUUUGGUAGUCAAGUUGUGCCUAUUUCUCUAGAUGAAGCUAAUGAUGAACCAAACAAAUUGGAUAGUAUGGACGAAGAAGAGGAAACUAGUAAUAGUCCUAAGUUGCAAAUACAAGAUGAUUAUGAUAUAGAGGAUUUAAAUUCUUUUCCAGAGUUUUUGAAUAAGCCUAUAGAUAUAUUACCAUUACUAAAUAAGUAUGAAUUGGUACAUAUUUAUGAAAUGCAUUUUAAUAAUUUUUUAAAAAAACUCGAAGAAAAAUUUUCAUCUCAAAUUACAGUUUUGUAUAAUCCUUUAUGUUUUAAUGAUCACCUUAGUAUUUCAAAUUUUAGGAAAAAAAUUAAAAAAAAGUUAAACAAUUUUCAAUAUACAAAUGAUUUAGAAUAUGUAUAUAAAUCAUGGAUGCCAAUUAUGUUAGUUACUUUUAAUCCAGCAACCAUUCAAAAUGUAUCUCUGCAAAGUUUAUCUAACACAAACAUGAGUUCCACUAGUUUGGUUGAUGGAGAUACAUCACAGAGUAGAAUUCUUUCCCUUAACAAUUUUAAUGCAUUCAUAUUUUAUGUAAAAAAUAAUGUAAGUGAAUUGCUUCGUAGUGUGCAUUUCCCGCAACUAUGA